AUGUCGUGGCUAUUUGGCUAUAAAAAACCUGUCUCUGAUCUUCCACCAUCAGGUUAUGCCGGUGGUAAUGAUGGAUCCCCACCUGGUAGCAAUGGAAAUGAUAAACCAACAAUAGGCAAUGAUGAUUCUAAAAUGUUCGCCGGACGUGAAUCUACCUAUAAAUUUGAUUCAACUGCUCUUGAACGAGCUGCUAAAGCUGCGAAAGAACUUGAACGAUCACCUCAUGCAAAUCAAGCAUUUGAUGUCGUUAAAAUGCAAGAACAAACGAAACAACUUGAAAUUCAAAAACAAAUGAAGGAAUAUUCUCAACAUGAAGAAGACAUUCGUUUUAAACAUCAACAACAAUUAAAUGAAGAAAAACGUCGAAUGAUGAAUGAGGAAACUCAUCAUCAAAACGAAAGAGCAAAAUUCCAAGAUCAAUUAGCACGAAAACGUAUGCAAGAUCAAGCUGCUGAACAGGCUCGUUUACAAGACGAAGAACGUCGUCGACAAGAAGAUUCCGUUCGAAAACAGGAAGAAAUGAAACAACGUUCGAUUGAAUAUGCUGAACAAGUUCGUCAUCAAUAUGAAAUGAAGCGUCUCGAGGCUGAGUUGAAAGGAAAAGCUCAAAUCGAACGUGAAAAUCGUGAAAUCUAUCUCGAACAAAUUAAACUCAAAGCCGAGGAACAACGCAAAACAGUUUUAGAAAGUAUUAAAACAGCUGGUACUGUUGUUGGAACUGGUAUUACGACUUUACUUGAAAAUCCAAGUAAAAUCCUUCUGGCUACGGGUGGUAUCACUUUACUUGCACUUGGUGUUUAUUCGGCACGAGGAGCUACACAAACCGCAGUCAAAUAUAUUGAUUCACGUCUCGGUAAACCGUCACUAAUUCGUGAAACGUCACGAACAACAUUACUAACUGCGCUUCGUUCACCGGUGAAAACAGUAAGACGUGCCUUUUUUUCGAAAGCCGAAGAUUCACUACAAGGUGUUGUACUUGAUCCAGCACUUGAAUCACGUUUACGUGAAAUAGCUAUUGCGACACGAUUUACAAAAAGAAAUUAUGGAUUGUUUCGAAAUUUACUUAUGCAUGGGCCUCCGGGCACAGGUAAAACUCUAUUUGCUAAGAAAUUAGCUGCACAUUCAGGUCUUGAUUAUGCCAUAAUGACUGGUGGUGAUGUAGCACCAUUAGGCCGUGAAGCCGUUACUGCAAUACACAAAGUAUUUGAUUGGUCACAAACUAGCCGUCGUGGUCUGUUAUUAUUUAUUGAUGAAGCUGAUGCUUUUCUAAGAAAACGAGCCACUGAAAAAAUUGGUGAAGAUAUGCGUGCCGCAUUAAACGCAUUUCUUUAUCGUACUGGCGAACAGUCAAGUCGAUUUAUGUUGGUACUUGCAAGUAACGAACCAGAACAGUUUGAUUGGGCUGUUAAUGAUCGUCUUGAUGAAAUGGUUCAAUUCGAUUUGCCAAGCUUAGCCGAACGCCGUCGAAUGACUUAUCUCUAUUUCGACACGUAUAUUUUGAGAUCAGCUGAACGUCGUCGUCCCAUUAAAAUUGGUCCAUUUGAUUUCGAAAAGAAAUGCGAAAGUUUAGCUCAAGUAACUGAUGGAUUUUCUGGCCGUGAAAUCGCAAAAUUACUUGCUGCUUGUCAAGCAUCGGCAUAUGCAUCGGAAGAUGGAACAUUAACAGAAGAAAUGAUAGAUAAAAAAUUGAAAGAUUCACUCGAAAGUCAUCGUAAAAAAGUUGCAUGGCGUGCGGAAGAAGAGCGCUAA